AUGAUGAAUGAAACUCGUGUUAAAAAUACUUCCAGGGGACAAAUAGAAUGGCGAUUUCAGUCGGGGUCGGGGCCCAACUUUGAGGAGUUCACCCUCAGGGGCCGUGCAGAUCAAUUGAUCGAUUUGGAUUGUCCGGAAACUGGUAAUGAGCCAAAAGCAAUUCGAUUUGAUUGGACUGGGCCAAACGAUGAGCCUAAAAAAAAGGUUGCGCCACAGAUGGUUGACUUAUUGACUCCAGAGCCGGUUGUUGUAAAAAGCGGUAAUGAAGAAGAUCAAAGACGGGGACCGAGGCGUUGCGUUGAAAACUUGGAAACGUGCAAAGAAUCUUUGGUAAUUGAUCUGGUCACACCGCCUCCAGUUCUUGAGCCGCUUGCAGAAAGCUCUCCGGGAUGUGCCAGUAUCUCCCCAGGGUCAUAUGCAGUCAAACAAAGAAGUAUAAUCACAAUUGAAGAUGAGGAACUUUUGACGAACAAUGCUGAGGUCAAUGACAAGGCUUCAAGCCGCCAAAUUGUUCUAAACAAACGUCCGGGCUCUACUGGAGCAACUUCCAAUCGGAAACGCCAUGCAGGAAAUAUUGCUGAUGUGGUUGGUUUAGAUGGUGGCGAAUUAGCGGAAAGGUACACCUCUGGGACCGAAAUUUUCAUGUAUGAUGGUCAUUGUAAAAUUGUGGAUGAAUUACAAAUUGGCGAUGAAAUUUUAACCGCGGAUGGCUCUUGUGGAGUCGUAAGACAGAAAUCCGAGGAGCUAGAUGAAGCGUUCACAAUAAAACAACAAAAAAAUCACUACAUACACUUUUAUGACGAAAGCCGUGACUUACCAUAUGGCCUUUUCGAAACUACGUGCUUUGAAGGUCAAGUUCUCUUAGUGGAAACAUAUCUGCGUCUUAAGCGAUCUAUUCGACGCGAUAAAGAAAAUCAAAGGAGGGUAUUGAUCCUAACUGUUAAUGAUUUUGAAACCAAAGAUGGAAGGUUGAUCAAACUGGCAAGAGAUGUGGAAAAACUAUUUCCAGCUGAAACCUCAGAUGAAGUUGUUGAAAACUAUAUAAAAAGUUUCCGAGGACAUACAGAGAAUAACAGUUUUGUGCGGUGGAAAUGCGAGGUUGGCGACUUGAAAUAUCUAGGAGAAGCGGCUCGUGCUUCAACACGAUUGCUGCUGCUUCCUUUGGCAUUCGAGAGACCAACACUUCUACCGUUCUUAGAGAAAGAAUUUAUGAGAAAAGUUUCGGAAAAAGAGUUAGAGGCAAUGGCGUGGUUGAUUGGAUUUUGGAUAGGAGACGGCUGUAGAGUUGGCGCAACAUUUGCACUGCACUCUGAAGAUCAUGAAGUAAAUGGCAGGCUUGAGGAGAAUGCUAAAAUCUGGGGUAUGACUUACGUUAAAAAGCAUUGCAAAAAUAAGGUUUUUGGUGCAACUGGAACCCUCCACACGUUCCAAAAUGGUCGCCGUCGAUGGAACGUAGGGAACCCAUUUAUUGCCGUUUUAAAGGGUCUGCUUUUUUAUGAAAAUGGCAAAAUCAAUGACAAAAAGAACGUGCCUCAUUUCAUGAGAACAGAACACCUUAUGGUCCGCGAAGCUUUUCUGGCUGGUCUUAUUGAUUCCGACGGGUAUUCCUUACUUGUAGAUGGAUUUUUGUGCACAUCAAUAACUACGGUUUAUCCUCCGAUUAGAGAUGGUAUUCAAUUUAUCACACGCUCCCUGGGAUUGAAUGUCUCGACACAUGUCCAGCCAGCCUGUCCCGUUGCUGGCACGAGCUACAUUAAGAAGAAGCAAUGGCAAUUCCAGAUUUCGAAUGGAACUAAUCCCAAAGUUUUACGUUCUUUAUUGGAUCGGUGUUCUGCGCAGAGAAAAAGACAUCCAAAAGAGGCAAGCUAUACCCAAAGGAAGAGUCUUGACAUUUUGAGAGAAGAUAAUACGGAGGCUGAAGGAGUCGAUACCCCCGAGUUAUUUUCCUGUGAUAUUUUGCAAGAUAGAUUUGUCCGAGAGAAGCGCGCCGCCAUAAAUGAAGAAUACUCAGAAGAAUGGAGUGACGACGAAUUAAUUGCUGAUGAUGAAACAUUGGACGGAACCACUGAUAAUGGUGAACCAUGUAUCACAUACGAAAAUCAACCAAUUUCGCCUAUAAGUGAUGAAACCAAUUUUGAUUGUGGCGCGGAGUCGAUAGUCCAUAAUUACUCACGCCAAUUUUUUCAAAGCAUUCCACUUAAUCAAAAGGUCAAAGUAAUCAAAAUCACACACUCGACUAAACAAAAAUUAAUCCCUGAACAUCAAAUCAUUACUGAAGAAUCAUUAUUGGAAACAGGAGAAACAAAGAAAAUUGAUAUCUUUACUGAAACUUGCUACUCUUGUGGUAGAGAAAACUCGAAUCCUUGGAAAAAUGUGCCAUGGCAAGGCUUGAAUUGUUAUAAGCUAUGCAGAUCUUGUUACGAUUAUUAUCUUCAAAGUCAUACGAGAUGUUAUAAUUGUAACCGAGUGGCAACUUGUGCUCGCGUGAAUGAAAAGGCGCAAACAAAAGAGCUCAAAGUAACCAACAUCUUACAAGAUGGUAAAUCUUUGAAAGGAUACUCUUGUGAUGAGUGUCAGGGGGUUCUAAUUUCUGAUUCCGCGCAAAAACCGAGAAUUAGAAAGAAAGUCGAGCCAGAAACAAGAGAGUGCAAUUAUUGUGGGCCAGUGAAAAGCAUCAAAUGGCAUACAAUUCCUUGGCACAGAUCCAAUUUUUGGUGGCAUAAAUGCGGUCAAAGAUUCUUGACUACCAAAACUAUUUGUACCAACCAAACUUGUCGGUACAUCCUAUCGAAUCUUGAAAUACGGCGACAACAAAAGGCGAAGCUAGAUCCCAAAUGUACGAAAUGUGGUUCGCAAAUUGAAAAGAAGACCUAA